CCAGCCACUGAAGAUGGGCGCCCAACCCUCGCUGCAGUGGCGGCUGCCAGCGGACAAGCCCCACAGCCUUGGAUGCACUCACUGCCCCCAGAACUGCUCGUGCAGGUGCUGAGCUAUGUGCCGCCGGGCGCACUGGUGACCUACUGCCGCUUAGUGUGCCAUGCAACGGGCCCACAGUGUGACUGCUGCAGCUGGCUCGUGACUGCAACGCUGAAAGCCAUAGACUCUAUUCGGUGGUCCAGCACUGCCCACCCAAUAGCAAGGCCAUUGCUAUUGACAGUUUCCACUUUGCGCCCUGGUGCGCUACUGCCUGCGAGCGCCCCUAGGCCGCAACCUCAUCUUCAACUCCUGCGAGGGCGUCAAAGGCUCAAAGGUGGAACACGGUGGGAAUGGCUGGUCCGUGGAAAAGAACCCAACAGUGGUGCUGGGGGCUCCUCCCAGACCUGUUUUGUGACUUCUUUUGAAUGGUGCUUCAAGAGGCAGCUUGUGGACCUGGUGAUGGAAGGGGUGUGGCAGGAGCUACUGGACAGUGCCCAGGUCGAGAUCUGUGUGGCUGACUGUCACCCCGACCUCGGGACCUUUGCACUGUGCUCGUAUCCGGAACACCUUCCUCCAGAUCCUCACCUGGCUCUCUCCCUGCCCUCAGGUCUCCCACGUCUUCACCGACUUUGCAAGGGCAUCGGAUACGUGUCUUUUGAGUAUGGAAGAGACACACAGUGCUCCUGGGUGGGGCACUGCGGCACCCUUGUGACCCACUCCAGCGUGAGGGUCAGGAUCCCACUGUCCCUGAGUAGGCCUUCCAGGACCUACUACCGCCCGCCAGACAUCAUUGCCAAUCACCAGCAGCUUUGUAGCCGGAGCCAGAGGAUGCCCAGGGAGCGCUGGGGCCCAUGCGGCUUGUUCCCAGCCGGCUUCCUGCAAACCCCACUUGCUGCUUUAGCAUGGUAACCCACGUGCCGUGCACCAGGCUGUUCACAGCUUCCCGAGUCAGGGAUUCAAGGAUUAACUGAGAGUUUUACUUUGCCUGCAAAUGGUUUCCUCACAUGGGGAUGUCAACUGGUAGAACAAGUCAGAAGACAAAGGCCAAAACUAUUGCCAAUGGGGGGAAACCACUACCAACCUGGGACAGGACCCUCAUUGGCAAGUUUCUGAGUUAAGCUGAUUGCUGGCAGGGAGCAGAAGCCAGUUCUUAAAGCCUGCCCUGGAGGGAACCCUUUGUUGUUUGGGGGAGUCUCUGGGAUUCAGCUCUGAGGCCCCUGCAACUUCCUCCAGCACUAGCCCAUCAGCACCUCCCCUUUGCCAGACUGGCACUUUCUUACAGAAUCUGAAACCAGGUCUGUGCUGUGCCAUCCACCCACACCUCCUGCCUCUGCCUCAGGGGCAGCUUGUUUCCUGUAAGGCCACUCCCUCCUUUUGCCCAGUCAGGUCCAUUUACAUCCAAAUUCCAGGAGCAAGGCAAGCUCUCCUGUCCAGAUGCCCCUUGUGUCUCCAGCUCUUUCCCAAGAUGGGCACAGCCACCAAAGUAGCUCAGUGAAAUUAGUGCUAAAUGGGAGGUGACGGGGUGUUGUCUGCAAUCAAUGCACUUAUCUGCCCCCUGCUCUGAUCCUAAAAGGCCUUGUGGAGUUUUCUUAACUGUGACAACUUUGCAGGUAUGCUAAGCACGGUGCUAGAAGCAGAGGCGGGCAACACGGCUGCAGGGAACAGCUCCGAUGCCAGUUCUCAGUGGUUCUCCCAGCAGCGCUCAGGCAGGCACCAUUAUCAGUGCCAUUUAGUCUGGGAGGAAACAGACUGAGUGUAAGGACCUGCCCGAGGCCACCUGGCCAGUAAAUGAGGGAGGGGCAGGACUUGGACCUGAGUCAGGCUCCAGAGCCCAAAAAUAUAAGAACAACCCUGACUGGUGUGGCUCCGCUGGCUAAGCAUCAUUCAGUAAAGCAAAAGGCCUGCAGUUCAAAUCCGAGUCAGAGCACAUGCCCGGGUUGCAGUUUUAGUUCCCAGUCAGGGUGCAUACGAGAGGCUACCAAUCAAUGUUUCUCUCUCACAUGGAUGUUUCUCUCCCUCUCUUUCUCACUCCCUUCCCCUCAAAAAAAUAAA